AUGGCAACCUCCACUACCUCACACCGGCCCAUCAAGGGGAUACUAAAAAACAAAAGUUCAACAUCUUCAGUGGAGGAUUCCGCCCAGCCAUCCGGAAGAGCCGGCACCCAGGAGUUACAACGAAAGAAAUCGCAAAAGUGGGACGAAUCCAACAUACUAGCAACCCACUAUCCAUCCUAUAAAGACUAUGACUUAAUGAAGAUGAACGAGCCCGGCAAUCCCUAUGCCAGUGUGCCACACGACGGAGAAGAUGGCAUGAGUGAAGUUCAAGGAAAGGAAGCCAUGACCCCUGACACCUUAGCGAAGAAACUGGCAGCCACUGACACAUUUGGAACCAGCCAUCAGGGUGAGGAGCAAGGAAGCAGCGGUGCUCAUAGCAGCAAAUUCUUCCUGGACAAGCAAGAAAGACAGCGGCAAUUUGAGUUGAAAAGGAAGUUACAUUACAACGAAGGAUUGAACAUCAAAUUGGCCAGACAACUGAUAUCGGAGGAGCUACAGUCUGAAGUAGAAGAUGAUGAAAACCAACCACGUCUACAUUCAAAUUAUUGA